AUGAUUUUAGUAACCCUUAUUUGCUUGAUUCGUUUGAUUUCUGCCUUUGAAAAUGGCUUGGGAAAGAAGCCGCAAAUGGGAUGGAAUUCAUGGAACAAAUUUGGAUGUGAUAUCAACGAAACGGUUAUUUUGGGCACUGCCCAGAAGAUGAAGGAGCUUGGCCUUUUAGACUAUGGAUACGAGUAUAUUGUUAUGGACGAUUGUUACGCAUUGAAAGAGCGAGAUCCAACCACACAUAAACUUUUAGCAGACCCAGGAAAAUUUCCAAAUGGUAUACGUAACCUUUCUAACCAAAUUCACCGUCUUGGCUUUAAGUUUGGUAUGUAUUCUUCAGCUGGAAGAUACACAUGCGCUGGAUACCCUGGAUCGUUGCACUAUGAGCAAAUAGACGCUGAAACUUUCGCUCAUGACUGGGAGAUUGACUACUUAAAGUAUGAUAAUUGCUUCAAUGAAGGCAAUAGUGGAACGCCUCAAAUUAGCUAUCAGAGAUACGAUGUCAUGUCUAAGGCUCUCAUCAACACAGGAAGGCCAAUAUUCUAUUCUUUGUGUCAAUGGGGCGAGGAUCAGGUUUGGGACUGGGGUUCCACCCUUGCAAAUUCAUGGCGUAUCAGUGGAGACAUUUAUGACAAUUUCGAUCGCUACGACGAUAGGUGCCCAUGCGAAACGUAUAAUUGUCCAGCUAUGCAAGGGCAAAUGUGUUCGAUGACUAAUAUCUUAGAGAAGGCUAUACCAUUGGGCCAAAGAGCCAGCAAAUUUCUGGGAUGGAAUGAUUUAGACAGCUUGGAAGUUGGAAAUGGUGGCAUGUCCACCGACGAGUACAAAGCUCAUUUUACUUUGUGGGCAAUUCUCAAAAGUCCUUUGGUCUUAGGUAAUGAUGUGGCUCAUAUGAGCAAGGAGGACUUAGCUAUUGUUACAAAUAGAGCUAUAAUUGCAAUCAAUCAAGACGAUUCUGUUCCGGCAUCUCGUGUUUGGAAGAAGACAGUUGAUGGGGGAUUUCUUCACUUGUUUACAAAUACAAUGGGAGAUGGGUCUUUUGUAGUUACCUUAUUCAACAGUGGUGAUACGGUGAAUAAUACCGUUUUACUCUUCAGUGAUAUUUUUGUUGAUGAUAGAACGAAUGCUGCUAAGUCUUAUAACUUCACUGAAUUGUGGUCAAAUGAAACUAUAACGGCGACGGAGAUGCUCACCACCUCCAUACAAUCGCACUCGGUCAAAAUUUGGUGGUUAGACUGUCCUACGAAAUAUUUUGACGGUGGAACCUCGAUGUACCCUCUACAUGAUGAGCUAUAA